GAGCUCCAAAUCCCAGUCAGAAAACACUCUCUCUCAACUCUAUUGAAAAACACUUUCUCUCUCGCCCCCUUUCUCAGCAUCUCCUUGGGACCCAUCUGAAGAUUAGGAUGAUAAACUAUAGAGUCUGUGUCCUGGCUGCUCUGUUCUCUCUCCUCAUCAUCACCCUCAUUCCCACCACACAAUCAGCGGACUGCUGUCUGAAGUUCACUCAGCAUCCGGUGCACUGCCGAUGGCUGAAAGGCUACACCUUCCAAGACAUUACUUCCUCAUGUGACCUCAACGCUGUCAUCUUCCAGAAUCGAAGGAACAAGUUUGUGUGUGCCGACCCCUCUCAAGACUGGACCAAGAGGGUACAACGCUGUCUGCGCAAGCGUCAGGAGAAGAAAUCCCAACUGAAGAAAAGGGUCUGAACUCAUGUUGCCAUGGAGAGGGCUUUCAUUACAGAACACCAUGUAAUACAUUAUUGAUAUAAUGUUAUAUUUUACUGAGACAAACAGCAAUAUAUUUCAAUAUACAGAGAGAUUCAUGAAGGUUAAGAUGUUUAAAUAAUUUAAUAUAAGUGAAUCUUUUGUAUCAUCUCAGUUUGUGUAUAAUAACUGUAUUUAUCAUCAUUGUUGUUCUGUUUUAUAAACAGCAGGUGUAGUAUUUCUGAUACGCAUGUAGAAACAUUAAAACAUAGUUUUCACACAGAGUACCACAAAAUAUUUUUGUGUUGAUGUUUCAUAUCCUCUCUCCAAUUGAAGCCAGGGAAAACCUUUUUAACUUUGUAUUUCCAAAGUGUCCAAAUCUCUAUAUGAGUUUUACUGAAGUGUACUUACUUUAAGCUCAAAGCUAUGAAAUAGAUAAUAAAAUGGGUAUUUGAAAUAC